UCUCGCUUGUGUCCCCCCCCCCCCCUUCCUCCGCUCUCCAGUCUCCAAUUAGGUUUCGUAAAACCUUCGCACUGUUCCAACGAUCCGUCCUGUGCUCUGCCUCCCUCCUCCGCAGGUCUCCGCCUUCGCGCUGUCUGCAGCCUUAGGGUUGAGAAGCGUUCCUUCUUGCUCAGAUGGGAGGUCGUGGCGAACUACCUGCAGGCUCGAGGCAGUCAAAUCUUAAGAUGGCCUUUCAGCUCGGCAUCCGUUCUGUUCUGACUACUUUCUCCAAAGAGGAUGUGUGGAAAGCAUUUCCUACUUGUACUGAUCCUGAGAGAGAAAGAUUAUAUGCCAUGUUUGUUCAGGUCAUCAAGACAUUGCAUGAGGAUUUAAAGGAGGAAUUCGAAUCUAUAUGUCAGGAGACAAGGGUUGGUAGGGCUCUUGAUAUGGUAGAACAACUCGUGGAAGAGCAUAAACUUGAGGAGGCAUUUGGUACAAGGGCAAACAUAGGCGAGAUCAAGGAGAAGGUAUUAAAAGUAAAAAAGGAUGAAAUCCAACAUUUGACAAACUUGUUGAAGAAGGUUGAAGAUCAAAACAACCUAAUGAAAGCACACAUCCAGUCACUUAAGAAUAGUCAGAAUUUCUUGGUUGGUGGGACUGUUGAUAUGACGGAUAAGCUUGUGGAAAAGCAUAAUCUUGAUAUUCUUGCUCCUGAUGAGACAAACAUUGGCUAUAUCAAGGACAAGUCUUGGACAGCAAAGAAAGAUGAAGCUCAAUGUUUGAAGAAUAUCUUGCAGAAGAUUGAAGAUCAAAACAGUAUAAUGAAGGCUAGCUUUAUAUCGAUUGCAAAUAGUGAGGACUUGAUGGUUAUUGCAGACACGCAAAACAUCAAGCCAAAUCAUUAGCUGAGAAUAGAGGCAAGAAAUGUUUAUUUUGGAGUUUGGGCAUGCCCUUUCACAACUGUUUAUUGUAUAUCCAUCUGACUAUUUGAUUUCUGGUGCAAUCUCGACCACCAUUUACUUCAACUAUUUGUAUCAAGUCUGCUACAAUUGAUUCCAUUUGAGAUUUCCCUAGAAUGAGAACUCUUAUAUAUUUUCCAUAA